GCCAUCGCGUUGGUCGGACCCAAACUGUCCUAGAGUACAAGCCAAAGAAAGUUGUCAGGAGCAGCAGCAGGGAGGCGUGGAGGCAUGCAGCAAAGAGAGGGGAGGAAACAGAGCCCUGUCUUACGUUCACUGACAGCUAAUCACAGCCUUCUACAGACUCCCUCAGCCAAUCACAGCAGCGUUUAGCGAUCACAUGGGUUCAGGAUGCUCCAACACAUAAUUUUAAGGAGAAAAACUUUGGAGUGCCACCAUUUUUAAGUUCGAUAAGACAAUCGAUCUGUCGAAAACCAGAUCAACACGAGACAGCAGGUCUAGUGACCAAGCAGGAUAGUACAAACACUUGUGUUUGUGAUCAAAUCCGGGUUUAUUCAUUCAUGAUAAGAGUUAGGACGUCUUGUUUCUUCGGUGAAAACCGUGUCAAUCUUUUUUUUUUUUUCCCCCUUAUCCUUCAUUGAAUUAGUGUGUUUCGGCCUCGUGACGGCGAGUUAAAAACGGUGUCAGCUGACCUGUUUUUGUUCGCCACGUUGUGUCACACAAAGCACGUGUUCACUCAACAGUGUACGUGCACGCGCACGCCGCUUCGCUCGGUCCGUUCGAGUUAACGGGGUAACCGGUGGACUCACAGCGCCGGGGCCAGCAUGGAGUUUGAGGAGUCCGGUAUCGGGGAGGAGUGCGGGGUUUUCGGCUGCGUGGCUGCCGGAGAGUGGCCCACGCAGCUAGAGGUGGCUCAGGUUCUCACUCUGGGACUGGUGGCGUUACAGCACAGAGGUCAGGAAAGUGCUGGGAUUGUCACAAGCAAUGGAGCCAGUCCGCCUACAUACACGAGCCACAAGGGCAUGGGAUUAGUGAGCACCGCUUUCCCACCAGAGGCUCUGCUCCAACUGCGCUACGGGAACCUUGGCAUUUGCCACACGCGCUACUCGACGACCGGGUUCUCGGAGCUGCAGAACUGCCAGCCCUUUGUGGUCGACACGCUGCACGGCAGGAUCGCCGUGGCGCACAAUGGAGAGCUGGUCAACGCCCGUGCCUUAAGGAAAAAGGUAAUGCGCCAUGGAGUCGGUCUCUCCACCAGCUCAGACAGCGAGCUCAUCACCCAGCUGCUGGCGCUGACGCCCCCCAUGGAGGAGCUGGACACACCUGACUGGGUUGCCAGAAUUAAAAACCUCAUGACGGAAACGCCCACCUCUUACUCGCUGCUGAUCAUGUUCAAAGAUGUCAUCUACGCGGUGCGUGACCCGUAUGGGAACCGGCCCCUCUCCAUAGGAAGGCUUGUUCCCAUCUCUAGGCUCCACAGUCCAGGUGCAGGAGAAGAGGACACUGAGGGAUGGGUUGUGUCAUCAGAGUCCUGCAGCUUCCAGUCCAUCGGAGCAAAGUAUUACAGGGAGGUCUUACCAGGAGAAAUAGUUCAGAUAUCCAGGUUUGGAGUGAAAUCUCUAAGCGUCGUUCCUCGCCCUGAAGGAGACCUGCCCGCCUUCUGUAUCUUUGAAUAUGUUUAUUUUGCCAGACCAGACUCCAUUUUUGAAGGGCAGAUGGUGUACACCGUGAGGCAGCGCUGCGGCCGCCAGUUAGCCAUCGAAGCUCCGACGGACGUAGACCUGGUCAGCACGGUGCCGGAGUCCGCCACCCCUGCUGCUCUGGGCUACGCUCAGCAGUCCGGCCUCCCGUACACGGAGGUUCUGUGCAAGAACCGCUACGUGGGAAGAACGUUCAUUCAGCCAAAUACCCGCCUGAGGCAGCUGGGAGUGGCCAAGAAGUUUGGGGUGCUGACCGACAACUUCGCAGGGAAACGAGUGGUGCUUAUUGAUGACUCCAUCGUCAGGGGCAACACCAUCUCCCCCAUCAUUAAACUGCUGCGGGAAGCUGGGGCGACAGAGGUUCACAUCAGGGUGGCGUCUCCACCCAUCAGGUUCCCCUGCUACAUGGGCAUCAACAUCCCAACCAAAGAGGAGCUCAUCGCCAACAUGCCAGAGUUUAAGGACAUCGCUGGUUAUAUUGGCGCCGACAGCGUCGAGUAUCUGACCGUGGAGGGACUCGUCUCUGCUGUCCAGGAGGGAAUCUCCUCCUUCCAGAAGGAGAACGUCAGCUCCUACAAGGAAGUCGGCCACUGCACCGCCUGUCUAACUGGGAAAUAUCCAAUAGAACUGGAGUGGUAACUGGGACAGCAGCAGCAUAGUGGAGGGACUCAGUCCUGCCAUCGGAAGUAAAGAAACUGUUCCACAACUACGGCACAGGCAUUUCUUUAAACUGAAAAUUGUCGCCUUCCUAAAAUAAUGUUUUAAUUCAUUUUUUGCCAAGUGAUUUGUCUAAAUCGUCUUUUGGUUAAAAAAAAAGACUCACCACUGUUUUAGGAAGGUGACAAAAUACUGCUUUUGGUUGAGCUUUACACUACUUUUCCUAAAUCACUGGAUGUGUGAUUAAUUUUCUAAGCACACUAAUAACUAUGUACAUUUGUUUCCUUUGUAUGUUUAAACAUCAAAUGAGUUUAGAAAAAAAACUUUGUAUUCCAAGCAUUUUCCUAUCGUAGCAUUAAAUUGUGUCAGAAACACAACUGGAGACCAAAAACAAUUAAACUCUCUUACUCAA